UCGUACGAGAAACGUCAUAUUAUUUUCUUAAUUUCGGAAAUUAUAAUUAUUAAUAUUACUGCUGAUUAUUAGUACCAGCAAUUGUUGAGAUUGUAUACUUUUACCAAAAUGGAUGAUACUUUACAGCAUUGGAGUCCAUAUGCCAAAGUAUACGAUCCUUUAAAAGCUGGCAGUAUUGAUGGCACAGAUACAGAGCCACACGACAAAGCUGUCACCCGUGCAAUCCAGGCACAUUAUGAACCACCUCAUGGAUUGAAAUCAAAGCCAGAGAGAACAUUGUUUGUGGCCAGGUUUGGUCCAAAAAUUACCAAAUACGAUUUGAAGGAUUUUUUUUGUAGGUACGGAGAUGUUCUCUCAGUGAAAGUUAUAGUAGAUGUUGUAACUGGCCUAUCUGAGGGCUAUGGUUUCGUAGAAAUGAGAAACGAAGAUGAAGCUAGGAGGGCUGUUAGACGUUCUGUGGAUGCUACUUUGAGAGGCUAUAGAAUCUUUGUUGAUUAUGAGUGUGGGCGUACCAUGAAAGGUUGGAAACCAAGGAGACUCGGUGGUGGUUUUGGUGGCAAGAAGGAAUCAGGUCAGCUAAGGUUUGGUGGAAAGGACAGACCAUUUAAAAAGCCAAUUGUGCCCAAUAUUAUCAGACAUCACAAAUAA